AUGCAGGAUGAAGAGCGGGCGCCGAGAAGAGUCAUGACCGAACGACAGACCCCACAGCAAGACAGCAUCUCGACAGAGCAACAGACCAUACAACGGCAUCGCGCCCUGUCGGUUCCUUCGAGAUACCGCGAAUCGCCGCUCCUGCGGAUUAUGAGCAUGAAUCUGCUGCCAUCCGGUUCCAGUAGCGGGCAGUAUGAUGAACAUGAAGCAGUUCUGGCUAUCUUGGAGUCAUUUAUACCGGAACGCAAGAAAAGUAACCUACCUGGGUUGCGCGAUUUCUGUGCCAGCCUGGAAGCAGGAUGCUUCAUGACGGCUAAAUUAGCCGCUAGCAAAGAGACUAUGAAUCCCUGCUCUAUGCCGGGUGUAUUACCCGAGGAAUCGACGAGUGCACCUUAUUCACGUGCAAACAAGGCUGGAUGAUUAUGUUCGCAGUUCUCAUCAGGACGUACGACGAGUGCGUCAAGUACUAGACACAGCCAUUCAACUGCGAUCACUCUCACCGACUCGCUGUGACAGUGCCCGGCGCCUUCCUACAAAAUCGACAUGGGUAUGAAGUUGGACACCAUUCAUACGGGCAAAAUACUCUAGAGCUCUACUUCUGCUAUUCAACGGUGAA